ACUUCCAGGAGGAUCGCGAUUGGGCAGCUAGCGACAGUAAAGCACUUGCUAAGUAACGUUUCAACUGCUACAGCAGCGAUGAAGAAGAAAACCGGAAGUGUAAUUUUUCCUCCUGCUGGCGAUAGCGUAAGCUACUUUGGUGUCAUCGUCUUAUCGGAUUGGGGUUGACAACAGAAAUAACAACCUUAUUUCGUGUCCAGCCACGAAUACAUAUUUUCGUUGGGGUUUCUGGAGAGAUGAACAACAACGGGAACAAAAGAGCUCCAACUACAGCCACUCAGAGACUUAAGCAGGAUUACCUCAGGAUAAAGAAAGACCCCGUGCCUUACAUUUGUGCAGAGCCCCUUCCCUCCAACAUCCUAGAAUGGCACUAUGUAGUCAGAGGUCCUGAGAAAACCCCGUAUGAAGGUGGAUAUUACCAUGGAAAACUUAUAUUUCCCAGAGAAUUCCCCUUUAAACCACCAAGUAUCUACAUGAUAACGCCAAACGGGAGAUUUAAGUGCAACACAAGGUUAUGUUUGUCCAUCACAGACUUCCACCCGGAUACGUGGAACCCAGCGUGGUCCGUCUCGACAAUCCUCACGGGUUUGCUCAGCUUCAUGGUGGAAAAAGGACCCACUCUUGGCAGCAUUGAGACCUCUGAUUACACAAAAAGACAGCUAUCAGCCCAAAGCCUGGCUUUCAACCUCAAAGACAAAGUAUUCUGUGAGCUGUUUCCUGAUGUAGUUGACGAGAUGAAGCAGAAGCAGAAGGCCCAGGAGGAGCUUAACGCCCGUACACAGCCUCUCCCCUUACCUGAUGUGGUGCCUGAUGGAGACCCCCAGCAAGCCCACUAUGGCCUCCCAGCCCUCAACGGUGGUCCUGCCCCACUAGGGGGUGCCAAUCCCGCCCCUGGCCAGCAGCAGGCCAAUCGUAACCAUGGACUACUAGGUGGGGCUCUAGCCAACCUCUUUGUGAUUGUAGGCUUUGCAGCGUUUGCCUACACAGUGAAGUACGUGCUGAGGAGCAUAGCGCAGGAGUGAGAGGAGCCGGUGUUUUAGGGCAGCGCUCCCCUCCCCCUGCAGGUGAGCCAACUAGUGGACUCGAUAUUCUACAAACACACUACGUGGGGUGGGGAGGGAUGUUCAUUCCCGAUCAAACCCCUCCACAACCACAACCUCCACCACCACCACUACUACCACUACCAACAUGGACUUUGGAAGAAAAAAACUCAAAGCCCACCUAGCCAGGAAGGACUGAGGGGAGGAGGAGGAGGUGGGGGAUGGACGGGAGUGGCUGUAGAGCCGGGGCCGGGGAGACUGGAGGGGUUUAUUAAAACGGUUGUGAUCUA